AUGUUGUCGGAUGCAUUCUUUGAGCAGUACAAAAUUAAUCUCGGAAAUAAGAAAGGAAGCAGCCAUUUUUUCUUGUUACACAGAGAAGCCGGUGAAAGUCUUAUUGAUUUUACUAGGAGGUUUCGCCAGGAAGUUAGUGAAGUCGGAAAAGUAGAUGCUGGACUCGUAAUAGAGGCAUACAAAAAUGCGCUGGAUUACGAUGAGUUAGAAAUUUACAAUUCCGUAACAGUCCAACCAGUCGGAACUCUCAAAGAGUUAUAUGACAGGGCAGACAGGUAUGGUGGAGCUGAGAAAGAAAAGAGGGCAAAGUUGUCACAGAGUAGUUCGAAGAAGAAAAAUCAUGAUGACCCCCGAAGUAGAGCUGGAGACGGAGAAGAAUUAAGAAAAGCUCAGGGUAAGGUGAAAAUUAGAUUUCCCAGUCUAAAUAUCGGACUGGGGGAACUCUUCAAAAAGAUCAAGGACUCUCUUCCAGUUCCAAAACCAAUGUCAGAACAAAUAAAGGAUAAAAGAGAUAAAAGUAAAUAUUAUGCUCAUCAUCGAGAUCACGGGCACAAUACCGAGUCUUGUCGAACUCUGGCAACAGAAGUUCAGAAAAUGAUCGACGAAGGAAAGCUUCAACAGUAUGUGAAGAAGAAUCCAUCACAAGUGAAUACAUUAGAUCUCCGAGAAAUCAGAGUGAGUCAUGCAAGAGUCAAUUCAACUUCAAGGAAGGCUCAUGAGAAUGCAACACGUCUGAAGCUGCGCCAUAUCCAGGAUUGGCGGAUUUCGAAUAAGGUUGACUAUGCUAAUCUUAUCGGUACGGAAACUCUAGAGAAAGGAAAGAUAGAGAUAUGUUUUUCAGUUGCUGAUCUUGCUGGAGUUUACCAACCACAUAACGAUGCAAUUGUUAUCUUAGCUCUCAUUGGAAUGUACAAGGUACGCCGAGUUCUAGUCGAUACUGGAAGUUCAAUUAGCGUCAUAUUCUACGGAGCAUACACAUCAAUGAGCUUGAAUGAAAGUCAAGUUGAAGCUGAUGAUAAUCCCAUUAUCGGCUUUAGCGGAGAGAUAAUGACAACAAUAGGAAGAGUAAGUUUGCCUAUAACUGUGGGAGGAAAAACGGUUAUGCAAUACUUUUCAUUGUUAGAUUGUCGCGCACCUUACAAUGCCAUAUUAGGACGUGACUGGAUUCAUGCAAUGGGGGCGAUAACUUCUACCAUUCAUCAGUGUUUGAAGUUCGUUACACCAGCAGGGGUCAUGAAAGUCAGAAGUGAUCGGGUGGCAUCUCAUAAAUGCCAUGAAAACGCAAUGGAAGAGUACAAAAAUUCUGAGCUAAAAGGCUCGGAAAUACUCCAUGCUGAAAAAAAGUUAUAG